UGCAUUUCUAUCCUAAGGCCUCGACCAAAUGAGCGAGACUUCUUUGAUGCUGUAUAUCAGAGGACAGAGGGGGAUGCUCCUAGGUAUGCGAUGCUACAGAAUAUGAUCCAGCCUGCACCAGAGGAUGGAAGACCUUACGAUCCUGAGGCAGAGGCUGCUGCGGUGAAUGAGAUAGCCGUUCAGGCUGGCAUAUUUGUGGAGGAUGCCCCGACAGAGUCUGCUCCAGAUACUAGUACAGAACCUACUUCUGCUCCUGCUCCUGCUCCUGGGGCUUAUGAGGAGGUGUUGGGUGAGAUAGCCAGACUAUCAAGUGCAGUGGACGAUGUUAAGGCCACUCUAGGUAUCGUCCUUAAAAAUAAAAAAGUCAUAUUAGAGAAGCUGGCAACACUAGGUGGUAUACCUACUCCUGCACAUACUCAUGCACCCACUCCAACAGAUGAUGUAGAGUACGACAUUCUCCCCUCAUGUUACGAGCCUUCUGUUGGAGAAGCCACACCUUCUCAGCCAGUGCAGACGGUCUUAGGUACGACUAAUCCAUGAGUUUUUUUUUUUGUUUUAAAAAGAUUAGAUACUAAUUGCUCCUUUACAUGUAAGCGUACUAGACAGAGACCAGUAAGGUACGAGGACUAUACUCCAGCAGCCAAGAAACCAAAGUUCAAGGACCCAGUUACGAUCCUUCCUUUAAAGGUGUUGGAUCAAGAUAUGUUGACAACUUUUAACCGAUGGGUACUCGGUGAGAUUGAUAACAACAGACCGAGGAAGUUGGAAUGUUGUGAUGGGACCCCUGUUUGGUUCUUGAAGUUGAAGGUGGCAAAAGAAUGGUUGGCAGAAACUCAUCUCGACGCUGCGAAUUAUCUUAUACGGAGACGUCUUUUUGAGUUUCCGAAGACGUACCCCGUGAAAGCCACCGUACUUGAUUCAUCAUUUGCACAAUAUAUUCCUGCCAGAUACGAGGAAUUCAAGAAAAAUGGCAGGACUUACCAAUGGGACUCGGACAUUCUUGAUUUCCUGAAAGGAGAUGCCAAAAAGUACAAGAAGCCUUGGGGUGAUUGCAACGAGGUCUACUUCCACUGGUGCAUGGAAAAUCGGCACUGGGUCCUUUGCGAAAUAUAUUUCGCUGAUUGGAUGAUCACUGUAUUUGACUCAGAUCAUUCUAACUUUAGCCAUAAUAAGUUGUCUGAGUUGAUGGAGCCUUGGACUAGGAUGCUUCCAUCUUUACUCAACGCUUCUGGUAUGUUUAAAGGACACCCCAAGUUGAAAAUAGCUAGACCGAAGAUCACCGUUCCAAACUUUGAUUGGCGGCGCAUGUCCACUGAUAUUAUCCCACAGUCUAGAACCAGCGAAGAUUGCGGUGUAUUCGCCAUCAAACACUUGGAGUUCAUUCUUGGAGACAUUCCCUUAUCAUAUGCCAUCGAGGACAACAUUCAGUACUUCAGGGAUAAAUUAUGCAUCGACAUUUUUUUAUGAGAAUGUGUACCCUUGAUGUUAGAACAUUUAUUUUGAUUUCGAUGACACACAAUAUUAUAUUUCUCCUUAGUAUUGUAUAUAAAAAAUGUCGUUUCGAUUAACAA